UAAGACUGUAGGAUUGACUAAAUCCGUCGAAAGCUUUAAUCGCUGAAGAAGAAUCACUGCUCUCCUGAAGGAAGACCAACUAAACAAAUCUUUAUACCUUCAGCAAAUAUUUUAGAAUACUAACCGCCUUAAUCAUCUUUUCCUUCAGUCUUCAGCUUACGAACUACGUGGAUAUCGUAAACUUGGUCAAAACAGAUAGCUAUUGGUAGCUCACAAGGUCUUCGGCAGGGAAAGUUGUGUUGAGUGUAUGAACAUUUUUGUCUGAACAGAGAAAGCUGACAAGGCGCAGUGUUUAAUGUAAUUGCGAAAUGAGUAUGUUAACCUCGUAGGCUACAUGACAUAAUGCAGAAACUGACCGAUGACAAACUUUUACCGCGCAAAACACCCGAUGCCCGAAGCACGUUGCAGUUGGAUUCUGAGGGAGAGACGAUGGAUGAAAUUACUCAGCAUAUUGACAUGAUGAGUCACAAGCAAGCCUGCCUCGACCUGGAGAAGGCCACUCAAUUCAUCACAUAUGCAUUACAGCAUGAAGUAGGUAGGAACCAGGAGCUCUGCGUGUUGAUUCGCCGUCUAGAAGAGAAGGAGGUGGAGACUGGGCGGAGUCUGGCGGAGCAGGCUGAGUCAAACCGACAGCUGAAGCUGAAGAACGAUGAACUACAGAAACACCUGGAGGAAAAAGACAACUCACUGUCACAAGCCAACCAGACUGUGGCUUUCCUGAAGAAUGAACUAAGGGACCUGCAUCAGCAGCUGCGAAGACAGCAGAGCAAUCAUAGGACAAUUCAGGAUGUGAAUGAGUCGCUGCAGGGUGGGGAAAGCCAGUUCAAGGAUGAGCCAAUGGAGAGUUACAGCUCUCCUCUCCAAUCAGACCAGAUGACAACAGCUCAGGAGUCACUGGUCUGGUCAGAACCACUGGUCUCGUCUGAUGCCCAGAGUCCACUGGUGUUAUCGUCUCAUCAUAGUCUGCCUGUCUCAUCCAGUGCUGAAAGUCCGCUGGUCUCGUCUCACACGCUGGUCUCAGCUGAUGCUCAGAGGCUGCUGGUCUCGUCUCACACGCUGGUCUCAGCUGAUGCUCAGAGGCUGCUGGAGGCUCCUGUUUCUGGGAUUAAAGAAGAAGAUGCUGAUGAUGGAGAUGAGUACAAUCAGCCUGACAGAGCUGACCCCGGGACCGAACAGACCCCCCCCCCAGCUGAAGACAUAAAAACUGAACUGAUGCAGGAACAGGAGGACAAAUCCAGCAUACCUCUUGUCCUUUGCUCCAAAACAGACCUGUCCCCCACAGACCCCAUGUCUCUGUGUCCAGUCCUCUGCUCCAAAACAGACCUGUCCCCCACAGACCCCAUGUCUCUGGCCCGGUUAAGGAGUGUGUCAGUGGUGUUGGUGGACUACUCCAGGACACAAGGACGGCAAAGGAAGGACGAAGAGAACCAUACAGAACAGCCAGAGACCCGAAAACGAUCAUCUGCCUCAUCCCCGGAGUUCCCAGCAUCCCCCUCCAUCUCGGGAACAGAGAAAGAGAAAUGCAAAAACUACUCCUGUUCUGUGUGUGACAAAACCUUCCACUUUUGGACUCAGUUCAGGCUUCAUCAAUAUGGUCACACAGGAAGGAGGCCUUACUGCUGCGCCCUGUGUGGCAAGAGGUUUACUCAAAAGGGAAGUCUCAAAGUACACCAGCGCACUCACACAGGAGAGAGGCCGUACCACUGUACUCUGUGUGGAAAGAGUUUUACUCAAGAGGGAAAUCUCAAACUACACCAGCGCACUCACACAGGAGAGAGGCCGUACCACUGUACUCAGUGUGGCAAGAGUUUUACUCGAGAGGGAAGUCUCAAAGAACACCAGCGCACUCACACAGGAGAGAGGCCGUACCACUGUACUCAGUGUGGCAAGAGUUUUACUCGAGAGGGAAUUCUCAAAGAACACCAGCGCACUCACACAGGAGAGAGGCCGUACCACUGUACUCAGUGUGGCAAGAGUUUUACUCGAGAGGGAAGUCUCAAACAACAUCAGCGCAUUCACACAGGAAAGAGGCCGUACCACUGUACUCAGUGUGACAAGAGGUUUAUUCAAGAGGGAAGUCUCAAACUACACCAGCGUGUUCACACAGGAGAGAGGCCGUACCACUGUACUCUGUGUGGCAAGAGUUUUAAUAUUUUGGGAAAUCUUAAAAAACACCAGCGCAUUCACACAGGAGAGAGGCCAUACCACUGUACUCUGUGUGGAAAGAGUUUUACUCAUAAGGGAAAUCUUACAAAACACCAGCGCAUUCACACAGCCAUUGCAAGAUCUGGUUUAAACACAGAAGGCAGACCCUGAAGAAUUGUCCCAAGUGAUAAGCCAUUGGAAGAGCUGAUAGAAUUCUGUAAAUGCUUAGAAAAGGUGCUUCAGUGCUUCCUUUCUGAUCUCCUUUAGCAUAGGGUACACUGGACCAUCCUUUACCAAAGAAAAGGAGAUGAUGUCGUCCCACAUUGUGGCAACAACAUCUAAAGACCCAUGUCAAUAACAUCUGCCGUCAAAUAACUAUGUAGCCUAAUGUAAGUGCAGUUGGGUUCUCUCAUUGUCUUUUCCUAAGUCCUCAUGAAAAGCAGUUAGGAAAGGAUAAAGGACAUCAUUUUCUUUUUUACUAUCUGACUGAUCAGCAUCAUGAUUGGGUUAUGGUGAGGCACCAUUCUGGAACUAAUACACCACCAUUCUGGAACUAAUACAGCACCAUUCUGGAACUAAUACAGCACCAUUCUGGAACUAAUACAGCACCAUUCUGGAACUAAUACAGCACCAUUCUGGAACUAAUACACCACCAUUCUGGAACUAAUACAGCACCAUUCUGGAACUAAUACAGCACCAUUCUGGAACUAAUACAGCACCAUUCUGGAACUAAUACAGCACCAUUCUGGAACUGCCCUGGAGAGAGUCUGUCCAGGAACAUGGUGUGGGGAGUCACUGGGUAUUUCAUGUCCAUGUAUUAUUUCAAAUCAGUUG